AUUAUGGGGGUUGCGUAAAGCUUUGGAGUAAUGCCUGUGGAGGUGGAGCGGAAGUUUGUGUGUGACUCACACAUCCAUGAGAAACUGAAGGACAUUGGAGCUGUAUUUUUGGGUCAGUAUGAGUUUAAAGAUCAGUACUUCGACUCAGCAGACUUCACAUUAACGUUAAAAGAUUUCUGGCUGAGAAAACGUGAAGGAUCCUGGGAGCUAAAACGGCCCUCGUCACAGUCAAAUGCAGAGAAAAGAGCAAAGGAUGUGUGCACUAAUUACAAAGAGGUCACAGAUGUGCUUCAGAUCAGAGCAGACCUUAUGUCUGUCAUGGGCAUUUAUGCAGAACACACGUCAGACUCCUUACAGACACAACAAGCUAAAGAUGUUCAUGUGGAGUUUGGAAAAUGGCUGCAGGAUUUGAAGCUGGAGUGUUUUGCGGAGUUCACCACCGUCCGGUGUUCUUAUGCACUGGAGAAUGAUGGGGAUGACAGAAGAGUCCGGGUCGAUCUGGAUCAGGCCGAUUUUGGCUACUGUGUGGGAGAGAUUGAAGUUCUUGUUUCAGAAGAGGAUGAGAUGCCGUUUGCGGUGCAGACUAUUGAGAAGAUGGCUCAAAAAAUAGGUCUCAACGGUGAGCAGAAAACUGAGGGGAAAAUGGCUGUGUAUCUUCAGAGAUUUCGCCCAGGUCACUAUGUGGAGCUUCAUAAAGCUUAUAUACUAUGAAAUAAUUGUAAACAUUCUUCUUCUUAUUAUUAUUAUUAUUGGGAAGCUAUAACCUAAUGGUUAGAGAAGCAACUCUGGGACCAAAAGGGUGCCUGUUCGAUUCCCCGGACCAGCAGGAAUGGCUGGUGUGCCCUUGAGCAAUGCAUCUAACCAUCAACUGUUUCCCAGGCUGUAUGUCCCUCUGGAUAAGAGUGUCUGCUAAACGCCUGUAACAUUAUUAUUAUUAUUAUUAUUAUUAUUAUUAUUAUUAUUAUUAAUAGAACAUUUUAUAUAUGUAUAUACACAGUGGAUGUAAAAAGUCUACAUACCCCUGCUAAAAUGGCAGAUUUUUUGUAAUUUAAGAAAAAAAAAAUCCUGUCAGAACGUAUCCCACCUUUAUUGCAAAACUGCAAUCGAUACAAAAGUUAAAAUCAAAUCAAAAACUCAUCUCAUCUCAUUAUCUCUAGCCGCUUUAUCCUUCUACAGGGUCGCAGGCAAGCUGGAGCCUAUCCCAGCUGACUACGGGCGAAAG